GUCCCGGUCAACGCGAAUCCGCCGAACCAAAGACGCGCCCAGCCAAUUAGCAUGCGCGCUGCGCUCCAGCCUUUUCCUCUCGUCCAGAUGCAACUCUGCUUCUUACACUGUCGGCCUGGGCGUUAUACCUGCAAUUGUCCCCUCAGAUUGAUUCCCUCAUUAUCUGGAACAUCUUAUAAUUAUAUCACCACUGCAAUGUCUCUCAAGCGCAAAGCCUCUUUCUCUGGCCUCCCAUCUAGCAUGGCGAUGCCCACGCCUAGCGGAUGGGGCAUGUCCGAUAGCUCGAAGGACCUUCCCAGCCGAACCCGAAAGCGCUUCCGGGACGGCCGUCCAGACGAACAAGUGGUAUAUGAGAAAACCCUCCGUUGGAUCUUCUCCGCACAACAGCAGCAGCAACGACAGCCGAUUACUCCCAUGGACACCGCAGACGACGCCAUGAUGGAUGCCGACCCCAGUAUUCCCUCCCCCGAAACCGUCGACCCGCGCCAACAGACCUUGCUGCGAUUCUUCCAACCCCGUGCAGAGGCAUCGUCGCCCUUUCGACCUUCCCGUGAAGCUCUUGCAGCUCGGGCCAAUGAGACGGCUAUGGACCGGGAAGAGGUUAUGCGCCGCCAGGCGUUUGCGCAGAUGAAUAUGGCUGGAAGCACGAGUGGAAGCGAGACCACGAGUCCGGGCUUUUUUCAGACCGAGACGGACGUGGACAUGGACAUGGACGGUGGGGAGAGUAGUGAUAGCUCCAAUCCCGUUGCUAAGUGGGGGUUCUGGAAUGGAGGUGUUUGAUUGAUUUUGGUUGGGGAAGCUGCAGAGCUGUCAAGGUUCUGUGUCGAAUUGAGCGCUGGUCGCUCGUUGGGGAGAGGCUGUUGGUCCCUUCUCAUGAUUUCCUUCGCAUCUGUUUGAGCUUCUGGGAAGGUGUUUGAGUAUCUGGCUGCUUUUAUCUUGUUGAUUUAUUGGUUCUCAGGGAGGACCAGGCGUUAUGGACUCGGCGCUGGAAGGUCUGUCUUGGCUGAGUUGCUAGAAGGACGUAAUAAGGUACCUAUCAAAGGUAUAAUCUUGAUGGACAUAUUCAGUACCUGAAG